AUGACAGGAGUUGUUUCUGAGAGGCGAAGUCGCGAAGAUGGAUGUCGCGAAAACGGAAUUGUUGCCUUGUAGCCUGACUACAAUUUCCCACGUCCUGUUCGACUAUCACAACUCAAGAAUUACUCGAUCGAUUUGUCCAGAUCUUUGCUCUAAGCCGGUCUAAUCCUCAAGGGAUUCAUUGUCGUCAAAGAUGUCCGUUCUACAUAUGAGGCGAAAGGAUGAGUCAUGGGGUAUCAGAAGGACGGGAACUCCACCUGUGACCAUUGCUUUCUUAGCUAGUUACCCUCAGACCGCCUUUCCGUAAGUCAAUUCUACUCCAAAGCCACAAGAGAUGGAGUCGAAGCCGAUUAUUCUCCAUCUUGGAGAUGAUAUCAAGUGGAAUCAUGAUCUAUACCAGAAACUACAGGAGAGAUUUGAAAUCAGAAGAAGUUACAAGAUGGAUCGUGGGGCGUUCAUAAAAGCCCUCAAAACGAAAAAGUUUGGGAACUUUGUGGCAAUAUAUCGCCCAUUCUGGAAUACCGGAGGGGAGAUGGGGAAGUGGGACCGUGAAUUGAUCUCUCUUCUCCCAAAUUCCUGCAAAAUAUCCGCCAGUGCCGGAGCAGGAUUCGAUUGGGUUGAUACGAAGGUGAUGGCCGAUCAUGGCAUCGUAUAUUGCAAUGCAGCAUCUGCUUGUACCGAGUCAGUAGCCGAUGCUGCAAUUUGGUUGAUCCUAUCCACGUAUCGAUUGUUUUCUUGGUCGAGUCAAGCAGCUCGUUCGCUCUCCGUCUCCGAAUUCGUUGAUGCCAAUCGCAACAUUGCUGCCAUAUCCAAUAAUCCAUCUGGUUCAACUCUUGGGAUCAUUGGUUUGGGUCGGAUUGGAUUUCGUGUUGCGCAAAAAGCACAGCAAUGUUUUGGUAUGCGAAUCAUCUACCAUGACGUGAUGCGUAUGGAUAUUAAGAAGAGCAUCGAUGCCGAAUUCCACUCCCUCCAGACGAUGUUGGGAAAGGCAGACUGUGUCUUGAUUGCAACACCAUUUAACGGCGAUCAACUACUAUCUCAAGAACACUUCCGCAUGAUGAAGAGAGGUAGUCGUUUGGUGAAUGUGGCAAGAGGAAAAUUGUUGGAUGAGGAUGCCCUCAUCGAAGCGUUGGAGUCGGGUCAACUUUCGGCAGCCGGAUUGGAUGUUCAUUUCAAUGAACCCGUCCUCAACCCGAGGUUGGUGAAGAUGAGGAACGUGGAACUUCUCUCACACACGGCUGGUGCCUCUCUAGAAUCUCAUAUCGGUUUUGAACGUUUGGGAAUGGAGAAUAUUCUAAGUUUCUUUGAGACUGGCAAGGCAAUAAGUCCUGUGAAUCUUCAGAUGAUGGCAAAAUUCUGAUUCAGAGAAUGAAAGAGCAUGCAGAGCUGACACUCAUACACAAGUCUAGCGGAUGGUCCUCCCUAUCUAGACAUUCUUUGUCA